CGCAGCUGACAAUGAUCUGUUCUCGAGCUAUGAAGUGCAACAGUGCUAUCUGAGCAGCUAUGUCCGCAUGACGACGGAAAACGCUGCGUGAUUUGCUCAGAGAAAAAAUUUUCUAAAAUCCAUGACUACAUGUGUUCUCAAUUUAUUCAUCACCGACUGUUCAACUAGCAAGAAAAAAAUAGACCAGGAUGACUUCUGUACCAACGACUGGCCUUCUGUGCUCUCUCCUGUUGUAUAUCUGCAAUACCGCAUUUGUUAUGGGGCGAGUCUCAUGCAAGAACUCUAUGAGAAAGCCCGUUGACUGGUUUGUUAUUUACAAACUGCCAAAAACGAAGAAUUCUAUUUACAACUAUAGACCACUUUUCGGUGAAGAAAUGGCGUACUACGGUAGUGACUCCAAGGGAGGAAUGUGGAAGUUACUGUCAUCUUCUAUAAACACGACGAUCGGAAAUCCUAUUUACUAUACAUUGGAACCAAUGUAUAAGGAAAAGUCAAGUGUUGCAUACCUGACUUACAAUGACCAAGUGCCUCACGAUUUUCACGGCGAAAGAAAAGGACAUUCUAAAGGCGUUUUGAUGGCGGCCAACGAUAAAGGAGGAAGUCUUGUGUGGCUGCAGCACAGCGUUCCCCGAUUUGUGCAAAGUAUACACAAAGGCUACGUAUAUCCGCCCAACGGACGAGAGAACGGCCAGCUCUUUUUGUGCCUUUCCAUACCGCUAAAGUUUGUGGACAUAAUAGCAUAUCACCUUCAAGUACAAGCGGCAAACGUCUACCAGAGAAACCCUCUAGAAUGGGCCAAAAGAUUUUUCGUGUUCUGGACUCUUCUUGAGAAAAUAUACGUGACAAGGAGGCUGCCUUUAAGAAUGGACUAUCUAUUUACGCAAAGAGGAAGGCUCGUUCUAGCAAUUGCGAAGCCUCCCAAGUGGCCAAGAGACAUCUACACAGAUGAAUUAAAAGAUACGAUGAAUGACAGUAUAGUCGUGCAAUCAUGGACAAAUGGUAAUGGCGGCGUGCAGGAAAAGUUCUGUCGCUCUAAGUACCAAGUCACUGACGUGCAGACAGUGCUCAUUCAUACCGCAAAUGGGCAGCUUUCCUUUUCAAGCAGAGAGGAUCACAGCAAGUGGUCUGUGACACGAACAAAGAAUGUAUUUUGCUUCUCCUCCCUUAACCGUAUGAAAUCGCAAGCUGCAAGAGGAGGAGAAAUUACGUGUUUGUUCGAAGUUCGUAUGGCCAUACUGUUCAAGAAUACCAUAGGUGAAAGAACGAAAUGCACUGCGGAUAAGGGCGAGUGAACGUGCAAAAUAUGGCAAGAAGCUGUUCUUUCCGACAUAUUUUAUAUCACCAUGAGUGACCUCUCUCUAAAAUACCUAGGAUCUUCUUGCGUGCCUUUUUUUUCAGUGUCUAGCAAAUGAUUUCUUCCCGAAAUAUAUUGUAAGCAAUCAGCUGCAAA